AAAGCAGAUAUAGAUCCCAUAUCAAUCGCAAAACCAGAGGCUGUGGCAGAGUUAGAUCCACAGAGAUAUGGACUAAAUCUGAACGAUACUGUCAAAUUCCGAGGGAUAAUAAACACGAGUAAAUCAGAAGGAACUGUUGAAGAAGCUGUAGGAAUUCUGAAUGACCUCUACACUCGCGAAAUUGGCGCUGAGUUCAGUCACUUGGAGAGUCUGGAGGAGAGAGAAUGGUUUGCUGAGACCUUUGAAAGAAUUCACAAAGAGGAGUUGGAUGAUGGGACCAAAAAGGCUAUUGCUGCCGAAAUGAUAAAGAGUCAGGCUUUUGAUAAUUUUUUGAAGAUCAAGUUUGUUUCAUUCAAGAGGUAUGCUGGCGAAGGUGCUGAAGCUAUGAUGGCCUUUUUUCAUGAAUUCUUCAAAUUAUCUGCCAGUGAAGGACUCGAACAGAUUGUUUUGGCAAUGCCUCACCGAGGGCGACUGAACUUUCUCACUGGAAUGCUCCAGUUUCCUCCAGAGAAACUAUUCCGUAAAUUAAAAGGACUUCCAGAAUUCCCAGAUGACGUCAAAGCUACUGGAGACGUUCCCAGCCACUUUGUGUCAUCCGUCGAUCUCAAUUUGACUACCAAAAAGUUGCAUGUUACUAUGUUAUAUAAUCCUUCUCACCUCGAGGCUGUGAAUCCUGUGUCUAUGGGAAAAACUAGAGGAAUCAUGCAGUGUCUCAAGGAUGGAGCUUAUGCUGAAGAUGGAAGACGCAGGUGGAGUGAUAAAGUUUUGAAUGUCCAGGUCCACGGUGAUGCUGCUUAUGCUGGACAAGGAGUAAACCAAGAAUCAUUAGCUCUCAGUGGAGUUCCUCAUUUUGAAAUCGGUGGAACUAUUCAUUUGGUGGUUAAUAAUCAAUUGGGCUUUACUACACCUGCAGACAGGGGAAGAUCUUCAAGGUACUGCACAGACAUUGCUAAAUCUAUUUCGGCACCCAUAUUACAUGUGAAUGGAGACUCACCAGAGAUAGUUGUAAAAGCGACGAGGAUAGCUUUUGCUUAUCAGAGGAAAUUCAGGAAAGACUUCUUUAUUGACAUGAACUGCUUCAGACGCUGGGGACAUAACGAGCUAGACGAUCCAACUUUUACAAAUCCAAUUCUCUACAAACUAAGGUCCACUGCUGAAACUGCAGCCUUUGGGAGUCUUUUGUAUCAGGGGUUCAACGUUAGAAUUAGUGGACAGGACGUGGGAAGAGGAACUUUCUCUCAGAGACAUGCGAUGAUUAUCGAUCAAUCCACUGGAGAAAUGUACAUUCCAUUGAAUUCAAUGGCCGAGGGUCAAACAGGAAAAAUAGAGCUAGCAAAUAGUAUUUUAUCCGAGGAAGCAGUUCUCGGUUAUGAGUACGGAAUGAGUAUUGCUUCUCCAAUGACCUUGAUAAUAUGGGAGGCUCAAUUCGGCGAUUUCUUCAAUGGUGCGCAAAUUAUAAUCGAUACAUUUAUAACGAGUGGAGAGACCAAAUGGAUGACCAGCAGUGGAUUAACGAUUCUACUGCCUCAUGGAUGGGAUGGAGCUGGACCUGAUCACACUUCUUGUCGAAUGGAAAGAUUUCUCCAACUUACUGACAGCAAGGAGGAUACUCCUGAUGGGGAUGACGUUAAUUUCCAGGUCGUCAACCCAACAACUCCAGCACAGUAUUUCCAUCUGCUGAGGCGACAGAUGGUGAGGAACUUCAGGAAGCCUUUGAUCGUUGUGGCGCCCAAAAUACUUCUGCGACAUGCAUCAGCUACAUCUUCACUCCAUCAAAUGGGACCAAAUACAAGCUUCAAAAACGUCAUUGGUGACAAUUUAGCAGAUCCUUCAAAAGUUCAAAAAGUAAUACUAGUCUCCGGAAAGCAUUUCUACGCCCUUGAAAAACAACGAGAGCUAGAGAACGCGAAUAAUGUCGCCAUAAUUAGAGUAGAGAGCAUCUGUCCAUUUCCCCUUUUAGACUUGAAUCAAGAGUUUCAAAAAUAUCCGCACGCAAAGACAUUUAUCUGGAGUCAAGAGGAGCCACGAAAUAUGGGUGCCUGGAGCUUCGUAAAACCCCGAUUCGAGAAUUUGUGUGGUCGUCAACUUAAAUAUUCCGGUCGUGAAUCAUCGCCAUCACCAGCAGUUGGUGUAGCUCAACAGCACCAAAGAGAGGCGUUAGAAGUUAUCGUUAAACCCUUUACAAUUAAGUAAAUUGAAUAAUUAUGUAAAUAGAAUGAUAAAAUAUUAUUUUUCCACAGUUGAUUCUUUCUCACUGUCCAGUCUUUUAUGUUCAUUCAUCACGAGUGUUUUCAGCUCAUCCUGGAACAUAAAAUGGAAAAUUUAAUGAAUGCUUUCGGGAAAUCUAGAAAUAAACUUCAUAGCUAUGUUGGGAACAUUUAUACCAGCAUUUUAACUACAGCUAAAUUUAUUCCUACUACUGCGUAAGUCGUAGUGUCAGGAUUGUACGUAAAAUUUGCCGUACGCCAAGUUCCGGUUGCACAUCAAAUUCACAGUCUAAUUUAUUAGUAUCAUUAUUAAUUAUUAGUCUUUGUUGAUUACGAUUUUAUUAAUUCAAUUAGUUUAAUGUCGAUAUUAGGUUGCAUAAUGUACUUUCCCGUCAUGUCAAUUUCGUGCGGUCUUAAAAAAAUAUCUCCAACACCAAGAUAG